AUGUCGAUCUCUCCCAGUUCACGUGUCAUAGUCGACAUUAGACAGCAUCUCGGAGCUUGGCUUGACAACAGGCAGUCGCUCGUGCCAACAUGGUGAACGAGUACAGUACGCUUAUUAUGGACCGAACAGAGUUGGCGCCUUACAGUCGCUUGACGACGAUCGAGUGAUCAGGUGCUCGUUGCGACAGCUUGUCUUGUCCAACGUCGAACUUCGUUUGGACCAACUGCAGAUUCUUUGUCAGACUCACAACUUGCAAGGCUACUCUCUUCGGCGAUCAAGGGCUAGAGAACUGUUUUUGCGCAUUCUAUUGUCUUCAUGCACUGAGAGUUGUCGAGCAUGUGAGAAUGGCUACAUCUUCAAGCGAAACACAGCCAAUGACAUUCUGGUCCCCAGACGGCAUUGCGUACCCCGCCACACGGUCUACCGGCACAGAACAUUGGAGUCGUGUCAAGCAGAACUGAGCAAGGAGAUUUGUGAACGAGGGGAAAGGUCAUUGACAGAGAAUGCGACUCAGAACAGACGACGAGCGGCGACCAACAAUGACAGCCGCGCUGACGACGACACACGGCUUCGCCGAACCCCUCAAGCUUCGCAGGCUGAGCGGUCCUCGCUCUAUACUCCUGCGUCCGCCCGGCUCCAAGCUGAGAUCCGUGCCAAAUAG